AUGGAUGCAGAAGAGUGUGAUGUUGCUGAAUAUCCAGAUGUUGAGAUUUUGAAUGCCAAAGAUCAAAGUGAGACAAUUGAAUUAAAGAUAGGAAUGAAAUUUGAAGAGUGUGAUGUUGCUGAAUAUCCAAAUGUUGAUAUUUUGGAUGCCAAAGAUGAAAGUAAGAAAAUUGAAUUAAAGAUAGGAAUGGAAUUUGAUACGGCAGAAGAAAUGUAUGAAUGUUAUAGAAAAUUUGGACCGACUUCAAAAAUUGGUUGUAAAGCUCAUGUAUCAGCAAGACUUGAACGAGAUGCUAAAUGGAGAAUUUCUGUUUUGGUUGAUGAUCACAACCAUGAGCUAUGCCCAAGUAGUACUCGACAUUUGAGAUGCAACAAAAAAAUUGACGUUGCGUCUAAGAAUAAGCUCUUACUGAAUCAGAAGGCAGGAAUUAGAACCAACAAAAGCUUUCAUUCAUUAGUAAUUGAAGCAGGUGGAUAUGAGAACCUUGGAUUUAGUGAAAAAUAUGCUAGAAAUAUGCUUAUGAGUGAGAAACGUAUGGAACUAGGUGAAGGAGAUGCAACAGCACUUCAAGAUUAUUUUGAUAAGAUGCAAAAACAAUGCCCAGGUUUCUUUUAUAGCAUAGAUUUCGACGAUGACGGACGUUUGAGGAAUGUUUUCUGGGCAGAUGAAAGAUGCAUACAAGCUUAUAAGGAAUUUGGUGAAGUCAUUUCAUUUGACACAACCUAUUUGACAAAUACAUAUGGUAUGCCAUUGGCUCCCUUUGUUGGAGUAAACCAUCAUGGGCAGUCAAUUCUACUUGGAUUGUGGAUUGCUCGGAAAUGA